UGGCGGCCGACGGCGGGGUCCUUCCUCGGCUGGCGGAGGGGCCGGGCCGGAGCGGAGCGGCGGCGGCCGGCGGCUUCGGGCGAAGAUGGCGGACGUGCUGAGCGUGCUGCGGCAGUACAACACGCAGAAGAAGGAGAUCGUGGUGAAGGGCGACGAGGUGAUCUUCGGAGAGUUCUCCUGGCCGAAGAACGUCAAGACCAACUAUGUCAUCUGGGGGACAGGGAAGGAAGGUCAGCCCAGGGAAUACUACACUUUGGAUUCUAUCUUGUUCCUCCUCAAUAAUGUGCACCUUUCACAUCCUGUUUAUGUCCGUCGUGCUGCAACUGAAAACAUUCCUGUGGUAAGAAGACCUGAUAGAAAAGACUUGCUUGCAUACCUAAAUGGGGAAACAUCAACGUCAUCAAGCAUAGACAGAAGUGCUCCACUUGAAAUUGGUCUUCAACGUUCCACUCAAGUUAAGAGAGCAGCAGAUGAAAUAUUAGCGGAAGCAAAGAAGCCAAGAAUAGAGGAUGAAGAGUGUGUGCGCCUUGACAAAGAGCGGCUGGCAGCUCGAUUGGAGGGGCAUAAAGAAGGUAUCGUGCAGACAGAGCAGAUCAGGUCCUUGUCAGAAGCCAUGUCAGUGGAAAAAAUUGCUGCUAUCAAAGCAAAAAUCAUGGCAAAGAAAAGAUCCACUAUCAAAACAGAUCUGGAUGAUGACAUAACUGCUCUUAAACAGAGAAGUUUUGUUGAUGCUGAAGUGGAUGUAACCAGAGAUAUUGUCAGCAGGGAGAGAGUAUGGAGGACAAGAACUACAAUCUUACAAAGCACAGGCAAGAAUUUUGCCAAGAAUAUUUUUGCAAUUCUUCAAUCAGUAAAAGCCAGAGAAGAAGGCCGAGCACCUGAGCAACGACCUGCACCAAAUACAGCACCUACGGAUCCCACUUUACGAAAUAAGCAACCUAUUCCAGCUGCCUACAACAGAUAUGAUCAAGAAAGAUUCAAAGGCAAAGAGGAAACGGAGGGCUUUAAAAUUGAUACCAUGGGCACCUAUCAUGGAAUGACUCUGAAGUCUGUAACGGAAGGUGCUUCUGCUCGAAAAACACAAACACCAGCAGCACAGCCUGUACCACGACCAGUUUCUCAAGCAAGACCACCUCCAAACCAGAAAAAAGGAUCUCGAACUCCCAUAAUCAUUAUUCCAGCAGCCACAACCUCUUUAAUAACGAUGCUUAACGCAAAGGACCUCCUGCAAGAUCUGAAGUUUGUACCAUCAGAUGAAAAGAAGAAGCAGGGCUGUCAGCGAGAAAAUGAAACUCUAAUACAGAGAAGGAAGGACCAGAUGCAACCUGGGGGAACUACAGUCAGCGUUACCGUACCCUACCGAGUAGUAGACCAACCUCUGAAACUAAUGCCACAAGACUGGGAUCGUGUGGUGGCAGUGUUUGUACAGGGUCCUGCUUGGCAGUUCAAAGGCUGGCCGUGGCUCUUGCCUGAUGGAUCACCUGUUGAUAUCUUUGCGAAGAUUAAAGCUUUUCAUCUCAAAUAUGAUGAGGUACGUCUGGAUCCAAAUGUACAGAAAUGGGAUGUAACAGUGUUAGAACUAAGCUACCACAAAAGACACUUGGACAGGCCAGUAUUUCUACGCUUCUGGGAAACUUUGGACAGGUAUAUGGUGAAGCAUAAAUCUCACUUGAGAUUCUGAAUCCUUCAGCUGCCGUUCAUUUCCUGGAGUGUGGAUUGAGAACAAUGAAAGAGACUCCAGUUUGGAGACCAGAGCUCGCACUAUAUGUUAUGUCAAUAACUUUACAAAUGAAGAAGGGUCACAGUUGAAACUUUUUAUAAAAUCUGGUUUGGAUGCUUCAUGGCAGGUUGAUACCUGUUGUUAUUCAGAAGCAAAGGGGUUUUGCUUAAAACUAUUUUUUUAAUGUUGUUAGCCUUCUAGUCUGCAAUUCAAAUUGUAUAUUUUGAUAGCAGCAGUUUCUUCUCUGUUUUGUUAAAUUAGGCACAUUUUUAAAUAAUGUGUUAUGUUCCUUAUUAGAAAAUAGAUUGAUCUUCACUGCAGGUUACAAAUGUGUGUGUGCCUGUGCGCGUGUGCGCACGUGUGUGUGUAUAUAUGUGUGUAUGUGUCUACAUAUAUAAUGUAUAAAAAAAUUAUAGACACGCUAACGCACACAUAGUUAUUCCUGAGGCUUUCUAAACCACUUAGCUUCUGAGCUUAGUUUUGGUUUUCUUUGCUUAUUGUUUCACUUACUGAAAAUAUUUUGUUGUGAAUGAAUUUACAUUUUAGUCAAUAGAACUUGCAAACUGAGAAAAGUGAAGAUUGUUUUGGAAAUCAAAAUGUCAACCUGUAUAUGUAUAUUCUGUCAGUCUUGGAAAAAGGGAUGAGAGUGCUAGAAACUGACUUGGAUUUGUGAUAUCCCACUUUACCGAAUCUUCAAACUUAAAUACAAAUACCUUCAGGUCAUGGUAAUUUUAAAUCUCCAUUCUCCACUCAAGUCUCUUUAUUUAAGCUGGAACUGUGCACGUAUACGUUCCCAUCUAUCAAAAUACCUUCCUACAAGUUUAAGUGUUACCUGGACUGAACGAGGAAUAGAAAGGGACAGUUUGGAUUUUUUUUUUUCCCCUGGAAAUGUCAGCACAAGGAGGAAUAAUGUUAACUUCUUUGCAUUUAUACCUGUGAUAUCACCACUAAUAUUAUUUUAUUGUGACAGAAGUAGCCCAAACUAUGUCUAGAGGAGUUGUCAUUUCCUGAUAUGAGUGGCUGAUAAGGCCUCCUAACAGUCGUGCAUCGGAGUGGAAAAUGAGUUUACUCAGUUUACCAAAGAACACAUUUGCUUGAGCUACAGUAUAAAUGAGGCCAGAAGAUCAUGGUAUUUGUUUGGAUUUAUGGUACCUGUGUAUCUAUUUAAUAAUGUUGCAUACCAGUUGAUGUAGAGAAUGAUCCGAUAUUGUAACACCUGCAUGGAUUUUUUGGGAUAUAAAAUACAUGUUUAUAUUCCGUUCUUGAAAUCCAAAACCAUGUUUUUUAAUAUACUUUACAUUUAAGACUUGACAAAAGUAAAGUGGUCUACCUGUUCUUUAGUUUUGCUUUUUAUUUGAUGUUACCUUCAUUUUAGUGGAAUCCAGAAGCCCCAUUUCCUUCAGAGGUUUUUAAGAUGGUCUUAAAUUUAUAUGAGAACUGUGAAGUCUGAAAGGUUUUUAAUAAUAUGUUUCUAUCCAUGCUGUAUUGGGUUUGCUAUAUUUAAGUUUAGCCAAUUAUCUUGAUGGAAAUAAAAGCAAGCGAAAAAAAGAAGACUCCAGGAUUAGAAAUUGUAACUGGAUGACUUGAACAGAUUCUGAAAGGAGGCCUGAGAAGAGCAAGCAAUGCAGAGCUCGUUGAAAGUAUGCUAGAAAGUUCUCCUGUCUGUGUAGGCAGUUUGGUCAGCACCACAUGACUUUUUUCCCAACACCUAAGCAUUAUUAGAAGUGCAUGCAUGUCGUAUCUGAGUGAGGUAAAACAUUCAGUGUUUGGUUUUAACCUAUGUUACAUUAAGAAAACGCUGUACUGGCUACUGCAGAGAGUACCAUAAGGAAUGGGUAAACUUACGGUUUGUUACUACUUCAGAGAGAUUGUAAGUGGCUUUUUCACUCUGACAUGUUUCCAAUUACAAAUGUAAGGGUUUGUUUUGUUGGUUUUCUUUUUUUCAGACUUCAGUGGCCCAUGCAGUUUUAAAGAAACAUCUACAAUGGGCACCAAAUGUAACAUACUGAACAUUGAACAUAACUGCUUCACGUGCACUGCGGUGUAAAGACUAUGGAAUAGUCUUAAAAUAUGCAAACUCCAUUUCUCUUUUCUAUGCCCUGUAUUUCACUUGUGUUUUAAAAGUGUGUAGUCUAGCAUCCAAUAUUGUACAUAGAAGAUGGUUUGAUGUAGAUGUAAAUUUAUGUAUAUAUUGGGAGUAGCUUCUCUCAAAGGAAUGAAGUUUCAUGGAUGUGAAACUCGCAGAAGAGGAAACCUGUGCUAUGUUUAUAACAAGUGUGCCGCUUCUUAUGGAUUGAGCGCAGACCUUUGACAUCACUGGGGUUUUGUUCUUGGAGGAAAUUUUCAUCACGAGUUCAAAGUGUGUUUGUGGAGGAGGUGGCACCUGAUCGUCUGGCUGUGUGUCUCUUUGUCAGUCAUAAAAGUAGCGACGUUUAUAAAAUGAGCCGUUUUGCAAUCAAAUUCCUGCUGACAUUAUUGGAAGUUUAAUUAGGCUGUCAGAGAAUAGCAUUCCUACUGACUUCAGAAAUAUCUGCACAUAAGAUUAUGAAACUACUUGGACUUAAAAAUUUAGCCUUACAGCAGCGUUUUGCAACACAGCUGGAUUUUUUGACACUUAUGCUUGAUUUAUCUACAAGUUAAUGUGGAGUAAUAAAGAAAACUGAUAGUAAGAACUGGGGAAGCUGCAGGAUCAGACAUCUGUUUUAGUGAGCUGUAUUCUUACUGUUGAGCAAGUUUGACACUUUACAUAGAAGUGUAUAAAGUGUGUAAAUUGUACUCAAUUAAAACAUACAACUAAAACUGAGCUACUUUACUGCCUGUAGUUUAUUAAACAGUGGAAUGAUACUAGUGUACAAAUUGAAUUAGCUGUUUCUAUUAAAUAUCUCAAGUAUCAUAACUCCACACUGUUUCAUAGGUACAAAAUGAACAAGGUGAAACAAGAUAAGAUGAGAACUGGUUUGAAAUCUGUUAUUGAGUUCCUGUACUGUCAGCAGGUGAUUUUUUUUCAUUUUUUUCGUGGCAAGGUUUUAGAUGCCAGUAGAGAUAUCAGAAGUAAUGGUUUCAUAUUAAGAACUACACUGCCUGUGAUUUAUACUGUUUGAGCUUUCUGAAUGCUACCUAGGCAAAGCAGAAUUUUUUCAUAAGCUAGAGGAGGACAGCUACCUUUUAUAGUGGGUUUGCGUACCUGAAUAAAUCACAGAUCAGUUUUGUCACUUAAUAAGCUCAGCUCUUCAGUUACUGCAUGGAAAUUUCUGUAGCAAAACAGUUUCAAAAAUAGACACUCAAGUCAUUGUUGGAAAUAGGCAACUUACAGAACUGUUCUGCAGUGCUGUAAACCUUUUCAUUUCUGAGUAUACAAGAAAAUAUAGAAGGCAGACAGUUAGGUUGCCCUUGAUUGUAAGUUCAACUGUGGUAUUUGUUGUAAGGAUAAGCCUUAAUCAGAAUAGAAAAGUUGUUUUUGGCUUUCAUUUGGUAUGCAGUGUAUAAAACAUUACUAUUCUCUGCAAUGUGUAUUUUAUUACAGCUUUCAUUCUUUUGCUGGUGAAAUAUGUUCUUAGUUGCUUAUUCUUGAGAACACUAUACAGAAAAAAGCCAGUCAAAACUAAUGGCUUAGUGAUUUUAAAUUUUAAUGUCAUGAAUGCAUUUUAAUUCAAAAGCCAUAACUAAUGCCAAGUACUUUAUUAGAGCAAUGUGUUCAUGAAAAAUUAAAAUUGCUGCCUGAAGAAACUGUUGGCCAAGCAGGUUACAGUUGAGCUAAUCUUUGGAAAAAUGUGUCACAAAAUGAAAUCUCUGAACAUCGUAUUCUGAGUUAUUUGUUACUUAAUUGUUUUGAAGAGUGAUGGCAGUUUUGUUUUCAGUUGUGAACAGAUGCAUAAUUCAGCAGAAUCAUAGAGUAGCUUGGGUUGGAAGGAAACUUGAGGAUCAUCAAGUUUCAACCCCCCUGCUGCAGGCAGAGUUGCCAGGUGCUGGAUAAAGUACUAGGUCAGGUUGCCCAAGGCCACAUCUAACAUGGCCUUUGAACACCUCUGGCGGUGGGACAUCUACAGUCUCUCUGGGCAACCUGCUCCAGUGCCUUACCACCCUCUCAGUGGGAAAUGUUCCUCCACACAUCUAAGCUAAAUCAUCCUUUAAAUAUUGUAAGGCUGCAGUGGGGUCUUCAUUCUCUUCUCCAGACUGAACAAACCCAGCUCAUUCAGCUUGUCUUCAUAGGAGAGGUGCUCCGGCCCUCUCAUUGUCUCUGUGGCCCUUUUAAGGACCACCCUUUCAACGUACCCUUGAAAUCCUCAAACAGGAUGAGAGCCUGCAAGUGUGACUCCUGUUGCAGAUGAAGCAAGAUGAAGCAAGAAGGCCUUGUCAACAGCUCCCGUUGAUCAGGUGGCCUGUAGUAGAUUCCAACCACCAGCUGUCCGAUACUGAUUUUGUCCUUGAUCUUAACCAACAAUAGCGAUUGUAUUGUUUGACUUUUUGGUUAGUUCUACCUUAAGGCUAUUAACAUGAUAUGAUAACUGAAGAAGAGAUGGGAAACUGAUGGCUUUAAGUAUGGAGAUGUGUAAGUAGAGUUCAUGUACUUGACAAUCAUAAGUGAUUUCUUACUGGAACCAUUAUCCAGUGUGUAAAGUAGAAUCUAUUCUUCAACUGUUGUUGCCUUGUCUGUUAAUCAUUCUCUUGAUGGUGCUGCUGUUGUAGAGAGUAAGUUUGGAGAAUAAAGAGAUUUCAUCAAGAAAAAUGAAUUGGUAAGUAGUGUGUGGUUGUGGGCUGAACCUCCAAACUGAGUUAUCGUGUUCUAGUAUUUUCAUAAGCAUACAAAUGCACAGAACCAUUUCAGGUUUUUGACACUACAAUGCACAAACUAGCUGACAUGUAAAACUGAAAGAUAUAAGGCAAGACAUACAGUCAAUAACAAAAAUAGCUUGAGUUAUUUUCAUCUGUAAAUUCCUUUGCUGUAGUUUGUGUUCACAACUAAGUACUUGCUUCGUAAGGUUUUUGCAUGUCUCACUGAAAGGUAUGAGAGAUAAGUCUUGGAGUUGCUUUAAGGUUUGAUUAAAGGAGUUUUUAAGUUAUUAAUUCUGACCUGUGUUAGUGGGAACAAAAUUUACCACUGGUUUACACAGUUGAAACUGAAUCAAAAUCAUUUUAGAAAUAGAGAGAGCCACCACUGAAUGGAAGGAGGAGAAAAAGUUCUCAUAAGGUUGAACUUAAACUCACAAAACUGUCAUACACUUACUCUGCUUAGUGACAUUUUAAAUCUUAAGAUGUCUUGUGACUUGACUCAGUAUUUCUGAUCUAGAGUUCAGUGUCAACAUUUCUUAACAGCUCACUCCACCCAUUUGAAAAUGCUUUGCAAAAAUGUCCUGCAGAAUUUCAAAGGUGGGAUGACUUUGAGUGCAAGAGUCAACUUGAUCGUAAAAGCAGCAGCAGAAGGAUGCAUAUUUUUCUUGGCACUAUUCCACUGCUUUAAAUGAUAAAUAAAACUGCUGAAGAAUGUGAGUAACACGGUGAGGUGUUAGCAGGACUGGUUACUCCAGGAAGUCAUGUAGAGCCACUUUGUGCUGGGGGAACUUAAAGCCAGAAACCUACCUUUAACUUUGUUUGAAUUCACUUGUUGCGGCUCGUGUGGAAGUUAGAUUGCAGAUUGCACAAGAGAGAGAUCUGUUUGUUCUGUGAUAAAACUUUUAUGAAAGAGCCUCUAUGUUUUAUGCAUGAUGGAAAUAAUUAGUCUGGUUACCGAAAAGUUGCUAAAAAGAGAAUAAUGAGAUUAAAGAUGCAAAAAAAUACAUAAAUGGGAAAGCUUCCUAAAGUGAGAUUACUAAACAGAAAUACUUCUACAACGCACAAGCAGCACAGAACAAAUUUACUUCUGUGUGCAGUGGAUUAAUACCCUAAAUUACCAUCCCAAUAGUCUAACUUUAACUUGAUUGAAUGGAGCGGUCCUGCAGAUUCUCAUAAAAAUAUCUUGAAAUGUAUUGAUUUUCACUUUUAAUCUUCUUAAUUUCUUUGACUUCGGUGAGUACCUUGGGUGUUCAUCUAGCUUCCCAUUCCCCAAUGAUCAAGGCAGGUAGAUGACCUUCCGAGUACGAAACUAAAGCACAGUUACUUCUGUCUUUAUAUGCAUACGUUUAUGUUAAUGUUCUUAUUCCACUGAGAAGAAAUGUGCAUCCCUCAUGAUGCAUGCUGGUGGGUUUUUUUACAUUGCUAGUUUUAAAAUACCAAAAUUAAGGUGGCAGUAUGCUUCUGAACAGAAAUGUUGACAUACAACAGAAGUUGAUGUAGUAAUGAAGCUACAGUAGAAUUUAUGCAUAAGGAGACUUCUGCACUUACUAUUUUGCCUUUCAGGAGGCAUAUUUCUACAGUCUGUUGCAGACUGAUGACUGUUCUCCAGCCACUCCCAAAAGUAAGAAACAGACUUUGAGAUCAAAAACUUUGGGGGGGGGCGUUGUAAGUAUGCGGUAGUGUGUCAGAGAUGUAUUCUUUUCAUAAACGUCACAUGGGUAUCUUCAGAAGCAAUCUAAUCUUCUGGCAGUCUGCAAGUGGAAAAUAUUAAAUUUGCCAUCACUGGACCAGUCACUCUUUGCACAUUGUAUCAUGGAAUUUUUUUUUUCUGUUUUCAUUUUUUCAUGGAAUGAAUGCCUUCAGAUACAAUCUAUUUCAGUGAGGAGGACCUGGAGGCGAGUAUUUUCUAAUUCUUAGCUCCUUAACUCUACAUUUAUAUCUUGCAAUAGGAUAUAAUAUCUAUUGCAGGUUGUAGUAUAGCUGGGAAUAGAUAAAUUACAGAAAACUGGAAAAAUAGGUUGAUUGUGGUUGGUGCCUCAUAACUGGGUUGGGGGUGAGGGCACAGUAAUCCAAACGCAUACUAUGUAGUAUACUGCUAGCCCUGUAAACAGCUGUUGUCCACAUUGUAUCCAUGUCAAAUAGGCAUUUUUAAUAAUAGUAAAGCAUUAAGUAAAACUUAAAUUUAGACAAGAGGUGCCUGGUUUUAUUUAAUGCAGCUCUUCGUGUUCCAAACCAAAGUUAGGAAUGCAGCAUACGUAUGAAAGGCUGUAGACUGAACAACUCCUUAAAAACCAGCAAUAACGUUGAAGCUUUGAGUAGCAUGGCAGAAACAAGGAUUCUGUUCUGCCACAAAAAGGUGAAGAAGUGAGGAGGUUCAGAAACAUCACAAGCUGUAUUUCUGCAGUCAUUCCAGGCAACAGGGAUUUAGUUAGCUUAACUUUUUGUUUAUUUUG